AUGCCUUGUCGGCCGGAAGAUGUUCUCGAGGAAGUGAUGUUCGAGAUGAUGGAAGAAGAGUGGGUGAGAGUAAGAGGUGGUGGUGGUAAUGGUGACGUGGGCGCGAUGCAUGGUCCGCUGUACACUGUCGAAGGUCCCGCUGGCACUGGCAAAUCCCAUGCAAUGUUGGCGCUCGCCAUGAUGGACCUAGGUGACGCUGACUUCAAGUAUCCGGUGCACAGUCAGGACUUCCCCGGGAAUGAAUGGUGCUCACUGUUCACCAACUGGCAUAAAUCCAACGAGGGAGAAGCCGAACCGAUCAAUAUUGUAAGGGGAAGUGGCAAAAGGAUGUCAUUCCUAACUACCUAUGCAGUGGCUAUUAGACUAGCUAAAGCGGUGAGACAGGUCAUAUGA